AUGGACAACAACACCAAUACCAACAACGCCAGCCCUGCUGGUAUUUCACCUCCUCGCCCUGACCCCCCCCCCCCCCCCCCCCCCGAUCCUCCCGGCCGAGUCCCCGCUACCGCCACCAAAUCCUACUCCGCCGCGGUCAGCGCCCGUAUCCCUGCGAAGCCUGGCAGCAACGCUACCACGACCACCUCGACCGCGGUAGCCUCCCAACCCAUGAUGCACAACAUCGAAAACUGUGUCAUCAUAAAAGCCCCACCCUCAACCUCAAUCGAGCAAGUCCUCCUCGCGCUCGACAAACACUACCCCGCCCUUGCCGGCGCAAUGCCCUGCGUCAUCAAGAGUCAGCGCGCCCUCCGCUUUCCCAAAGACGCCGAUCUCGACACCCUGACUGCCAACGGUCUUCCUGUCGGCAAGACUCUCUGCCAAGUGGAGAAGCUUUUUGCCUCUACUAAAGGGGGUGUAAUUCAGUGCACCCUUACGGGCUUCUUCUCGGACGCCGAGGGCCUCCGCCUCUUCAACGAGCAGAUCGCUGCCUUUGGCACGGUCCUCCUUCGUCGCAUCCAGUACAUUGGGAAGACGAAGCACAUCUCUGGGGUGUAUGCCUUUUUCCUCGCCCUUCAGGAUGCAAACACCUUGCCUCCCGCUUCUAUUUCCAUUGAACGCGACGGAGUUACCGAGCGAAUCCCUCUGAGGAUCACCGGCAGCAUGCGCCACUGCGUCUUCUGCCGCUCCACGGCUCAUGUCCGUAAGGACUGCCCUGUCGCCCCUGCGUGCAAGACAUGCGCAAGCACCUCGCACGCCUCCCAGCAUUGUCCGGGCCGCCACGCGUCGAGCCCCCAGGACUCCCCCACGUCACGUGCCACGCAAGCCUCCGCCGGAUCCAAGUCGGUCCCCGCGGCAUCGGUGCCGGACCGCACGACCAAAAAUCGCCGAGUGGAACAGGAUCUGACUACCCAGCCUGAACUUUCGCCGAACAGCGCUCGUCCCUUGCCUGAAUCUUCGUCGAACAGCGCUCGUCCCUUGCCUGAAUCUUCGUCAAACACCGCUCGUCCCGAAUUCUCAUUCAAUUUUCCUCCCCAUGCUGCCACCCAAGCUGCCCCCCAGCCCUCCUCCAUCCAGGGAACUGCCUCUUCCCUCGUUGAAAAAUCCUCCCGAGUCCCCCAGCUCAGAGAACAUCUCUCCGUCCUCAAAUUUUCCUCCGGCCACGCCGAAGACGAUCAUGACUCGAUCCAAGUCGAUUGCCGCCCCCACCACCCCAGCCACCCCUAA